AUGGCGUCUUACUGUGUCACAGAUAGUCCCGAAACGGUGGACUACAAAACGAAGUGCUGCUGCCGAACGACAGACAAUGUCUACUAUGCCGUUCCAAAAGAGUACUUCCGCCUUAACCAGAGCCUGGCUCGGCGAAAGCUCCUUUUAGCGGAGCCGUUCCCGGUUCCAGUUGACUGCAAAACGCUGGACCACUUGCUCGUGCUUCUUGAGAAGGCCACAAUUCUCUCCGCCCAGGUUGUGGAGGGUGAGACGAAGGGUAGUAAUAACGAGCGUCCAGAGUGGAUGCGCGACUUGAACAAGCGCCAGCAAAAGUUUGUCUGUGGGUGCCUGGGCAUCACCUCGUGGGAUGGCAAGGACAUCCCGUUCUACGUGGAAACGAUGCCGAAGAUCAAUGACGUCGUGUGGGUAAAAAUCACCCAGGUGAAUGACACGUCCGCCGUAGUGCAGCUGCUCGAGUACGGCAAACGCGAGGGCAUUAUUCCGUACACGGAGGUGACUAGGCGCCGUGUGCGCUCGAUGGGAAAGCUGAUAAAGGUAGGCCGUACCGAGCCCGCGCAGGUGAUCCGUAUCGACAAGGACAAGGGUUACAUUGACUUGUCAAAGAAGCUGGUGACGCCCAACGAAGCAAAGGCAUGCGAAGCACACUUCCGCCAGGGAAACGAAGUUCGCUCCAUUGUUUGCCAUGUCGCUGAGCUGUGCGACAUCCCCGCUAUGGAUGCAAUGGAAAUGAUCGCCUAUCCGCUUUACCAACGGGAACCGGGCAAGCACGCGUGGACGUGGCUUUACGAGCUGAACCAAACGGAAGACGUGGAGCGCAUUCUUGGUCCGCUGAAUCUCGACAAAGCAGUAUCAGACUGCCUGAUGUUGACGCUAAAGAACGCGAUGCGGCUGAAGGUUUUGACGCUCUUUGCCGAAGUUGAGAUUACCUGCUUUGCAUGUGAUGGUGUGGAGGCGAUCCGCGACGUCCUCAUUCUUGGCCGCAGCUACGGCGAGGGCAGCGAUCCCCAGAUCCACCUAUCCGUCAACAUCAUCGGGCCCCCCAAAUACGGCAUCCGCGCGCGCACGGAUAUGAAGGAAGAGGGUAUUCAGCGAAUGAAGGAGGCAAUAGAGGCGAUGACGGCGGAAAUCAAGAAGCGCGGUGGCCAGCUGAAGGUGGUGACACCUCCGCAGCCUCACGGCGACGCAGACGAGGGCAAGAAGGGCUUUGAUGGGGAUGACGAUGAUGAUGAGGAUGCUGACUAA